AUGGCGAUCGAGGCGUGUGCGGGUGGAUCGAAGAAGCAGUGCAUCGAAGACUUUUACGGGGAGGGGGCGUCGUGUGCGAAAGACUCGGCAGACGACGCCAUCUGCCUCAUGUGGGCGGCACUUCACCUCCCGGAGCAUCUCGCCGAUCACCCUCUUUGGCGCAACGCUGUGCGCAGCAUCGCGGACGCGGGCCAUGGCUACGUUCCGCCGAAGCGGCGGUAUGUUGGUGGCGCCGGCCUGCAGCGCUGCCGCGGAAAGAUCGAGCGGGGCCUCGCUCCCAUCGCUGCGAGCUGGAAGCGGGAUGGAGUGACGAUCGGUUCGGACAUGAUGACGGACAAAAGUGGCCGUCCCCAAGCCAACAUCCUGCUCAUCAACGACUCCGGUGCUGUGUUCGCCGAGAGCAUAGACUGUAAGAUGGAGACGAAGACGGGAGGUUACAUUGCAUCCGUUUUGCGCCCCAUCAUUGAGAAGGUGGGGCCCGCCAACAUCGUUGCCUUCUGCAUGGAUGGGGGCAGCAAUUACGCGGCUGCAUGUCGGGAGCUCAUGCAAGAAUUUCCUCACAUUGAGCAUGUGCCGUGCGCGACUCACGUCAUGGAUCUGCUCAUGGAAGAUAUUGGGAAAAUGGAUUGGGCAAAGGACAUUGUGAAGGGAGGGAGGGGGAAGCAGGUGCUGAAGCCGGCGGGCACCAGAUUUGGCACGCAAUUCAUCGCGGUGCAGCGGCUUUGCGAGGUGCGGAGUGCAUUGACGGACAUGGUGCUGAGCCCGGAGUGGCGGGAUUGGGCGAAGGGGAGGAAGCCGCCGGUCGAGCCCUUCGCAGCCAUGAUCAUGGAUGCCGUGUGGUGGAAAGGGGCGGAAUUCUUCGUCGCCCUCCUGAAGAUCCCCUUUCUCGUCAUGCGCAAGACCGACUCGACGGCCAAGGCCAUGAUGGGCAAGAUCUACGAUCUCAUGCUGCAGCUCACGGAAGACAUCAAUGCGAAGCUGGAGGAGGAGUAG